AUGAAGAUGCUGAUGUGUGACCGCGGCGUCCAGAUGCUCGUGACGACAGUGGGCGCGUUCGCCGCCUUCAGCCUCAUGACCAUCGCCGUGGGCACCGACUACUGGCUGUACUCGCGUGGGGUCUGCCGCGUGAAGAGCAGCGGAGACAACGACACUAGCCGCAAGAACGAAGAGGUGAUGACGCACUCCGGCCUCUGGCGGACCUGCUGUCUGGAAGGAACCUUCCGAGGCGUGUGUAAGAAGAUUGAUCACUUUCCAGAGGAUGCUGACUAUGAGGCGGAUGCUGCUGAAUACCUGCUGCGUGCAGUGCGUGCCUCCAGUAUCUUCCCCAUCAUGAGUGUGGGUUUGCUGUUCUUGGGAGGACUCUGUGUAGCCGCCAGUGAGUUUUACCGCAGCCGACACAACGUCAUCCUCAGCGCUGGAAUCUUCUUUGUCUCCGCAGGCCUCAGUAACAUCAUUGGAAUUAUUGUCUAUAUUUCGGCCAACUCGGGCGAUCCGGGCCAAAGCGACAGCAAGAAGUCCUACUCCUACGGCUGGUCGUUCUACUUCGGGGCUCUAUCUUUCAUAAUGGCUGAAAUGGUAGGAGUGCUGGCCGUGCACAUGUUCAUCGAGAAGCACCGCAAACAGCGGGCCAAAUCCCGCACCGAGCUCAUCAAGAAGUCCGCCUUCAGCCGCAUCCCCUCCUAUCGUUACCGCUUCCGGCGCCGCUCCAGCGUCCGCUCGUCGGAGGUUCCCAGUCGCGAUGCCUCGCCUUUGGGGAAAAUCGGCUACACAGGGCCCGGCGCCUCAGAGAUGCCGAUGUACACGCUAAACCCACGCGAGGCCGGCAACGCCGCCACCAAAUCCGGCCUUGGCGGGCUGCUCAACUCUGAGAGGGAUUUCCUCCAGAGUAGCACGCUCACUAAAGACUACACAAAGGACCCCAACCGCAGGACCACACCUGUCUGA